AUGUCACACAAGUCACUUAUCAUUUUAUUACUUGUCUCCAUUGUGUUAUCAGUUCUAUUCAUCACCAACGUCCAAGCAGCUGGUAAAUCAUCUGGUUCUCGUUCUUCAGGUGGUUCCAGAUCAUCAUCUUCAAGAUCAUCUUCCAGAUCUUCAGGAGCUUCUCGUUCUCGUAGUUCUGCUUCUUCUUCAAGAGGUGGUAGAUCAUCAUCUUCAGGAGGAGCUGCCAAGAGAGGUGGUUCUACAGCUUCAAAGAGAGGCGCUUCAGGUGCUGCUAGAGGUGCUAGAGGAGGUGCUGCUGGCAAGAGAGGAGGUAAAGCAGGUGCUUCUGCAGGUAGAAAAUCAGCAGGUGCUGCAGGUGGUAAAAAAGGAAAGAAGGGUGGAAAGGCAGCAGGUGCUGCUGGAGCUGCUGCUGGAGGUAAAAAAGGAAAGAAGGGUUUGAAAGGUGGUUUGGGAAAGAAAUUGUUGGAUAAGGCUAAGGGAGCUGCUCAAGAUGCUUUGAAUGGAGGUGCUGGUGGUGAAGGUGGUGGUGAUCAACAAGGAGGUGGAGAUGCUUCACAAGGUCAACCAGAACAAGCUCAACAACAAGAACAAGGUCAACAAGCUGGAGGUGAACAACCACAACAAGGAGGUGAACAAGCUGUUCAACAACCAACUCAAGAAGGUUCUGCUGCUCCACAACAAGAGCAACAACAAUCUGCUGGAGGUCAACCACAAGAACAAUCUCAAGUUCCACAAGCUCAACAACAACAACAAUCUGGUCCAACUGGUGGUCAACCACAAGAACAACAACAACAACAAUCUGCUGUUGGUGGAGGAGAAACUACUCAACAACAACAACAACAAUCUGGUCCAACUGGUGGUCAACCACAACAAGAACAACAACAACAAGGAGGUGUUCAACAAAAUGGAGGUUAUCAACAAGGAGGUGCUCAACAAAAUGGCGGAAAUUCAUAUGUUCGUGGUGGAGGAAAUAGACCAAAUGGAAAUUAUAUUAGAUCUUAUUCAAGAGGAGGUAGAAGUGGUGUCUACAUGAAGGUCAAUAUUAACAUUAAUGGUGCUCCAGCUCAAUAAAUUUAGUGUAAAGGGUUCGAAC